ACUACUAGUAACCUAUUUAUAGCUCUUUCAUCUUCUCCACCGCCAUUCUUAAACCUCUGAAAGCUCGUGAGAACCAAAAGCUUUAGAAAUCAUGGGUAUCUCUCGUGAUUCAAUUCACAAGAGACGUGCCACUGGUGGUAAGCAAAAGAUGUGGAGGAAGAAGAGAAAGUAUGAGCUUGGAAGGCAACCAGCUAACACUAAGCUAUCAAGUAACAAGACAGUGAGGAGGAUCCGUGUGCGUGGUGGGAACGUAAAGUGGAGAGCUUUGAGGCUCGAUACAGGAAACUACUCAUGGGGAAGCGAAGCUGUGACCCGCAAGACCAGAGUCUUGGAUGUUGCUUACAAUGCAUCUAACAAUGAGCUUGUUCGUACACAAACUCUUGUGAAGAGUGCAAUUGUUCAAGUUGAUGCUGCUCCGUUUAAACAAUGGUAUCUCCAACAUUAUGGAGUUGAUAUUGGUCGUAAGAAGAAAGCUGCUGCAAGCAAGAAAGAAGGAGAGGAAGGAGAUGCGGUAGCCACGGAGGACGUGAAGAAAAGCAAUCAUGUUCAAAGGAAGCUUGAGAUCCGACAAGAAGGCAGAGCACUUGACUCUCACCUUGAAGAGCAGUUUAGUAGUGGAAGGUUGCUUGCAUGUAUCUCAUCAAGACCUGGACAAUGUGGCCGUGCUGAUGGGUACAUAUUGGAAGGAAAAGAGCUCGAAUUCUACAUGAAGAAACUUCAAAAGAAGAAAGGCAAGAAUGCUGGUGCUGCAUAAGACAAAAAAUUUUUGGAUUUGGAUUAUACCUUACGUUUUCUUAUCUUGAGAUUUGAGAACCCUUUCUCUAUACUUCUGUUGAGUCUGUGUUCAGAGUUGUAGACAUAGAGAAGAUAUUCAUGUUUCUGGAUUUUGAUCAUUAAUAGUCAAAUUUCACAAAUUCUUUCCA